UCAAGGAGUAGAUCAACUAUGAAAUAUAUAAAACAAACAGGUUAAAAAUAGUCAUGCUCACAUCUUGGCAUAAACGCAUGCAGAGAUCCGUAUUUCGAUAAGUCUGGAAGAUUAUAGUGUAUUUAUGCAACAGUGUGUUUAUAUUUUUGCACAUUUAAAGUACAAACUAAUCUUGUACAGUUCUGAAAGUACAGUUCAUUUUCAGCUUGUGGUCGUUUGGAGAAGAAAGACACUCUGAAAGCAAUUGUUCUUUUAAAUGGGUCUUCUAACCGAAGGUUCUCCACUCUCGUGGGCUGAAACGAAGAAGCAUGCGGAUCAUGUUCGCUCUCAUGGCAUUACACAGCUUUUGCAUAUUUUUCACAGGCUAGAGAAACGGGAAAAUGACUGCUUGAAAUGGGGUGAUGAGGUUGAAUAUGUUCUGGUAAAAUUUGAUCAUGAAGAAAAGACAGCUAAACUGUUGCUGAAAAGUGCCACACUCCUACCCAAGUUACAAGAAGAGGAACAUACCAAUCCAGGAAAAAAUGAAACAUCCUGGAAACCAGAAUAUGCAAGUUAUAUGCUUGAAGGCACUCCUGGACAACCCCUAGGAGGAUGUAUGAGACACUUUAACAUGAUUGAAGCCAACAUGAAAUUACGUCGUGAAGAAGUCAUGAAUUUUCUAAAUCCUGACAAUGAGUGUGUGCUGAGUAUGACAUGUUUUCCAAGGAUUGGUUGCCCUCAAUUCACAUUUCCAAGUCACAAACCGACACCAACCUCAGGAGCAUCCCAUUCCUUGUUCUUUCCACAGGAAGCCAUUAAUCAGCAUCCAAGAUUCAGCACCCUGACAAGAAAUAUUCGGGAGAGACGAGGGACAAAAGUUGCUAUCAAUGUUCCAAUUUUCAAAGACGUCAACACACCAUCACCAUUCAUUGAGAAAUUUUCCAAUGAUGAGGAAGGCGAAGGUUCAAAAGCAGCCAAAGCAGAUCAUAUUUACAUGGAUGCCAUGGGCUUUGGUAUGGGAUGUUGUUGUCUACAAAUGACAUUUCAAGCAUGUAACAUCAACGAGGCUCGUCAUUUGUAUGAUCAACUAGCUGUACUCACACCUAUCAUGCAUGCUUUGUCCGCUGGUGCUCCAAUAUUCCGAGGUUACCUUGCUGAUGUUGAUUGUCGUUGGAACGUCAUAUCAGCCGCUGUUGAUGAUAGAACUGAGGAGGAGAGAGGCCUGGUGCCUCUAAAGAACGACAGAUUUCAAAUCAGGAAAUCGCGUUAUGAUUCAAUAGAUUCGUAUCUCUCAGUCCAAGCCGCCCCGUACAGCGACAUCAAAAUGGCUUACGAUGAAGAAAUAUUUCAAACACUUGUGAAAGAAGGUAUGGACGAGCCAAUGGCGAAACAUUUUGCUCAUUUGUAUAUCCGGGAUCCGCUGACUUUGUUUAGCGAGAAAAUUGAUUUGAAUGAUGAAGAAGACUCCGAUCAUUUCGAGAACAUUCAAUCAACAAACUGGCAGACAAUGAGGUUCAAACCUCCCCCGGCAAACUCUCCUAUCGGCUGGAGAGUAGAGUUUAGACCAACUGAGGUGCAACUGACAGAUUUUGAAAAUGCGGCGUUCGCGACAUUUGUAGUUUUAAUCACUCGAGUUAUUUUGUCGUUCAAUCUGAACCUUUUGAUUCCACUUUCCAAGGUGGAUGAAAAUCUGGCGUCUGCUCAGAAACGCGAUGCUGUAAGAAAAGAACGGUUCCAUUUCAGAACGAUGUUGAAAGUCUGUGGAGGCAAUGAUAAAGGAGUCGAAGUUUGUCCUAAAGAAUGUUGCUACAAACUGAUGACAAUUGAUGAAAUUAUUAAUGGAAAGGAUGCCGAGUUUUCUGGUCUCAUUCCGUUGAUCAACAAAUUCCUGGAUUCUGUCGACGUUGACUUUGAAACACGUUGUACAAUAAGCCAAUAUCUGAAAUUCAUUUCCAAGAAAGCUUCAGGCGAAUAUCUGACAACAGCCCAGUGGAUGAGAGGUUUCGUGAUGAACCACCCGGAGUAUAAACAUGAUUCAAUUGUGAGCGAACACAUUGCAUACGAUCUUUUAAAAACCUGUCACGAGAUUAGUAAUAAAGGUCAGCCGUGUCCUGAACUUUUUGGUUGUCCAGAAACUCGGACGAGCCGAUCCAUUGGACCUCAUUGUAAAAGUGCCAACGGUUCAUCUCCUCAGGAAAUGGUUAAUGGAAAUGGUGUCGUUUAAAUUGGCGUGUAAAUUUUUCGGGAAUAUCCGUGUACAGACACAUUUUUAGCUUAAAUAUUAUUAUUAUAGGGAAAUUCAUAAGGGACUUGUAUUAUUGGACUUCUAGAAAACCUGCAUAGUAUCGUCGAGGCUCCUCGUUGAGGAUGCAAAUGUCUGGUUUACCGGCGGAACAGUGAUAACUAAGCGAAUGACUUCUCUCAAACUAUGAAAUAGGUGACUAUAAGUAUGCAUUAGGUUGUAUAAGAAGGAACUACUGUUAACUAAUUCGUUUGUUGCCUUUAAGUCUUAUUUAUAUUCGUAAUACUUCCUGGAGUAACACUCAA